GAAGAGCGCAGUCCGAUGGAGCGACAGCACGGCUUCUCUCUCCUCACAUAGGUUCACAAAAGGAGAGUUUUACAAAAAAACCCAUAAAAAAAUAACGAGAGGACUAAAAUCCUUCCCAACCCGGACAGGAUGGAUUCUUUACAGCUGCUUUAUGUGCUGCUGCUGUACGGAUGUCUUCCUAAAGUGUUAUCGGUGCAGAUGUGCGAUGUGGUGAGUGAAAUUGAGCAGGAGAAGGAGCGCUGUGAAAACAGCACAUCUGGGAACGUCACUUCAGGUUGUCAGGGGAUGUGGGACAUCAUCGCCUGUUGGCCUUCAGCCAGAGUUGGAGAAGUGGUGACGAUAACCUGCCCUACAUAUUUCAGUUACUUCAGCGACCAACAGAGAGGUAACCUCUCUAAAACCUGCACAGCAGACGGCUGGACGGAGAUGCAUCCCAUUGACAUUGCUGUGAACUGUGGAUACAAUCUGAACAGCACCAGCGAUGAUGGGAAGUUUUUCUGGCAAGUGAAGAUUGGCUACACCAUCGGUCACAGCGUUUCACUCAUUUCUCUCAUCACAGCUAUAGUGAUUCUUUGCAUCUUCAGAAAACUCCACUGCACAAGGAACUACAUCCACAUGCAUUUGUUUGUGGCGUUCAUCCUGAAGGCCAUCGCCGUGUUUAUCAAGGAUGUGGUCCUUUACGAAGUUGGGGAGGUGGACAACUGCUCUUCAGGCUCGGUUGGCUGCAAAGCAGUAAUUGUGUUCUUUCAGUAUUGUAUUAUGGCCAGUUUCUUCUGGCUCCUGGUGGAGGGCCUUUAUCUUCACGCAUUGCUGGCCGUGUCUUUUUUCUCCGAGAGGAAAUAUUUCUGGGCUUACAUUCUGAUCGGCUGGGGGGGUCCAGCAGUUUUCAUCACAGCUUGGAGCAUUGCCAAAGCCUACUAUAAUGAUGUGGGGUGCUGGGACAUUAUUGAAAAUACAGACGUGUUCUGGUGGAUUAUUAAAACUCCAAUUUUAGCAUCAAUCUUUAUGAACUUUGUUCUUUUCAUCUGCAUCAUUCGAAUACUUCGCCAGAAGAUCAACUGCCCAGAUAUUGGAAGAAACGAGUCCAACCAGUAUUUGAGACUUGCGAAAUCCACGCUGCUUUUGAUCCCUCUGUUUGGAAUAAAUUUCAUCGUGUUUGCUUUCAUCCCGGAACAAGUGAAGACAGAGUUACGGCUGAUUUUUGACUUAAUCCUGGGAUCGUUUCAGGGCUUCGUGGUUGCAGUCCUUUACUGCUUCCUGAACGCUGAGGUGCAAGCAGAGGUCAAAAGGAAGUGGCGGAGGUGGCACCUGCAGAGGUACAUGGGCUCAGAUACCAAAUACCAACACCCAUCCAUCGGCAGCAGCAACACCUUCAGCACCCAGAUCACCAUGUUGACACGCUGCAGUCCCAAAGCACGGCAUGGUUCGUCCUCCUGUCCAGAUGACUUGUCUUGUAUAUGA